AUGCCUCUCCAGCCACCGCCGACCGACAAGCGCUUCGCAUCAGCCGAAGAAGCCUUCAAAGCCCUCCAAGCCCACGCGCGAGACCAAGGCUACGCCGUAGUGAAGACGCGGCCAUCAGACUACAAGGACGGCAAGCCGCGUCGCUACGACAUCGCGUGCGUAUGCGGAAACGGCAAAUACAAGUCCGGGGCUGCUGGACUUCGCAAAUCGGGCACGAAGCGCACCGGAUGCCCCUUCAAGAUGAAGAUUGUCCGGCGAAAGGACGCAGACGACCUCUGGGUGCCCGGGAUCCUCUGUGGCAGCCACAAUCACGAUGCCAACUCAGCAAUCAAUUUUCCAGAGCACCGCCGCGGCGCCCUGACUGUCGAACAAACAAACGUCCUCAGAGCCCUUUUGGGACAUUCGAAGCUCACAAUCAAGACGAUUGGCGAGAUUAUCAAGCUUCAGUUUCCCGACAUUCUUCUUACAGAAAAGGACAUUUCAAAUCUACGCCAGGCCUUUAAUCGGAUGAGCAAUGCCUCUAGUUCUAGGACUGGAGUCAAUGUUGGCCCAUCGUUACCAGCUGAUGUCAUUACGAUGCUUGCCCCUCAAGUCAUCCUUCACUUCAAGGCAGAAGCUUCAGAGAUAAGCCCGCAGAGGACGAUGCCUUAUCUACAGAAUCUGUACUCCGAAUGGGGCUAUGAUCAAAUAAACAUCUACAUCCUCAUGUGGAGAUGUUGA